AUGGAGGUAUUCGAGGAGUUCCCCAACAGGUCUCGUGUGGAGCAGCUCUUCAAUGAUCUUGAGAAUGCUUUCUAUGAAGCCGAAGACAUCUUGGAUGACAUUGAGUAUCAUUGUCUCGAGAAAAAGAUGCAAGAUGACAAGUUCAAAUCAGAUAGCAGCGUGCCUCUACGUAAGAGGUGUUGGCUGAAGAAACUCCUGCCCAAGGCCAAGGGCUCCCAACCUAAAAAAAUAAGGUUUGUAGUGCGGGGGGCGUUUUGGCUCCCGGGAGCAUCUGCUUGCUCCCGGAUGAACAGUAACUCAAGAAAGUGCCAAGCUGCUCCUGCCAGUUCAGAAGGCGCAGUCACUACGGGGACCCCUCCGCCAAUAGUAUUCGGGCGAGAUAAAGAGCGUGACAAGAACACGGAAAUGCUUCAUGAGAAGGAAGCUGCUGAUCAGCCAAAUACCAACAGUGGUUUAUGUUAUUCUGUAAUUGGUAUUCAUGGCAUUGGCGGGUCUGGGAAAUCUACCCUUGCACAUUUAGUUUAUGCCCAUGAGAAGGACCAGCAAGAAAAAAAGGGCGACUAUUUUGACCUUGUUAUGAUGGUUCAUGUUUCUCAGAAUUUUAGCGUGGGUGACAUUUUUAAGGAAAUAUUUGAGGUAGCUACAGGAAAUUCGUGCCCUCAACUCAAUAACCUUAACACCCUACAAGAUAAGUUGGAGGAGAAAUUGCAUGGAAAACGAUUUCUCUUGGUUCUAGAUGAUGUCUUGUGCGAUAUUAGGGAUGAGAGGCAGCAUGGGUACCUGCGGCAGAUAUUUUCUCCGCUGAAGGCUAGAGAAGUAGGAAGCAAGAUUCUGGUGACUAGUAGAAUUGAAGAUGCAUUACUAGUUUUGGGUGCUAAAAAACUGAGAUGUGUUCCCAUAUCUGACUUGGAUGAUGAUGUCUUCUAUAAGUUGUUGAUGCACUAUGCACUUGAAGGAGCAAUUCUAGAUGAUCAUGUUCGAAGAAGACUGAAUGUGGUUGGGGCUGACAUUGCAAAAAAUUUGAAAGGGUUGCCUCUAUCAGUUGCUAUCCAGAAGUUGAAGCAGAGGUACUUGAGGGCCUUUGUCCUCCCAUAUGGCUUGAAAGUUGAAACACUAUGUCUCUCGUACUACAAAGGUUCGAGCUGGGACAGCUUACCAAGUAAUAUGGAGAACCUCAUGUCGAUCAAGAAACUGACGGUUGACCAUUGCUUGAACAUCCGCUGGCUUCUUGAUAGAAUCGAGGAAAUAUCUUAA